UAUAGAGGGAGAGAGAGAGAGAGAGAGAGAGAGAGAGAGAGAGAGAGAGAGAGAAGAGUAAAAUGGUUGCUUCUAGUGCUUCAAGUGCUGCAGACUAGAAUGAAUGCCAGAAAGAACAUCCUAAGGAUAUUUUUAAACUUUAUCUUAACAUUGUAGAGGGGCUGGGCAUUAGUCAGUUAAUAUUGCCAGGAAGCACAAUCUCUUGCUCUACCAUGUCCAAACUAAUCUGUUUAAACAUCUUGAAAGCUAUGAUUUUAUUACCAGUGCUUUUGAACUUUGUGGGCUGAUUAUUUAUUCUUUGAAUUCAAGACAAAUGGAGGGAACAAAUUAAAUUCUAAUUUUCCACUUUGGGAAGUGGAGCUAAGAGCAAGUUCUUUUCCCCUCUAAAUGAAAGCUGCAACUAAAGUCCAUACUAUAUUAAUAAAUCAGUUAAGUAUUAAGAUUACUUCCUGUUUUUACUGUACUUAGUGGGGAAAUGAUGGAGGACCACUAGCUUAAAGAGAAAUAAUGUGUUAUAGGUUUCUACCAUGCCAGAUGAUAAUAAUCCUAGGAGCUAAAUACUAUCAUUACCCCUGUUUUACAGGUCAGGAAACAGAGGUACAUAAGUUGCCCAAGACAGCAGAUAGUAAGUGGCAGAUUAGAAUUCUAAUGUAGACAUUGUUGUUUUAAAAUCCAUGUUUGUAAUCACUAUGUUAUAUUGCCUCUGAGGUCAGAGAUGUCCCUUCUAGGUCUUUCUAUGUUAUUCUUUAUGCAUAUAUUGUGACAUAUUUUAAUUACUUUCUGCCAAAUUUUCUAGUCUGUGAGCUCCAUGAAGACAAGGGUUAUCUCUGUCUUAUAUGCCAUGUCCUUAUAUGUGUAUUUUAAAAAAUACAUAAAUGAAGAAGCAAUGAUGUUACUAACUAUAAUCGACUGAACUUAAGUAUUUACAAGAGUUGAGAAGAGAGUAUAUUUGCAAUUAGUCAAGAGAUGGCCUGAAUAAAAUAUCAUUUCUUCAGUUCAAGACAUUUUUAUAGAUUUUUCUUGUCAGGCAUUCAAACCAGUGAUAAUUAAGUGCACUACAUAGACCGAGUUUGGAUCCCAUUGGAAACAAACCAACAAUUAAAAACAUUGUUGGAAAAAACUGGGAAAACCAAGAAUAGACUGGGAAUAAAUUAUAUCAAGGAAUUAUUGCUAAAUGGGUUGAUUUUGAUAGUGGUACAGUAGUUAUAUUUUUAAAGUCCUUAUCUAUUACAGAUACUUAAUGAAGUAUUUAGAGUUAAAACUAUGAUGUCUGGGAUUUGCUUUAAAAUAUUCCGGAUGUAUUCAUGAAUUACUUCUUCAAAGAGAAAACAAUUUUUACUGAAAAAAUUCAUAGAGACACAUGGUGGCGCUGCAGGAUAAGAUGAAAACAGUGCAUGGACCUCACUGUGGACUCCAUUAUUCAAGGGAACAGAGAGCAGUCAACUCAUUCAAGAGAGGCAUUAAGGAGCUUCACUUUCAGAGCUGCCGGGAGGGCUCUGCACCCUCCGGGGUUUACUUAUUCUAAAAAAUCAGAGUUUAGGCUUCCAAAAUUAGGGCUAAACUUAAAUUUUUCCACAAAGGAGAUUGCUUGAAGGAACCAUGGCGAUCAGAGGAGCGCUCACUUUGCGGAAAAGGCAAGUUGCAAUUCUCUUUGUUUUGCUGGGAUUGUCUGAGGCAGGUCCUGACACUGUGCGCUAUUCUGUGGCAGAGGAAGCAGAAAUUGGCUCUUUUGUGGCCAAUCUGGCAAGGGAUCUGGGGCUUGGGGUGGAGGAGCUGUCCUCCCGGGAGGCCCGGAUAAUUUCUGAUGAUAAUGGCAGGCAUUUGCAUCUCAAUUUAUUGACUGGGGAUUUGCUCCUAAAUGAGAGACUAGACCGAGAGGAGCUGUGCGGCUCUGCAGAGCCCUGCGUGUUGCAUUUUCAGGUGUUAUUGCAAAACCCUUUAGAGUUUUUCCGGGCUGAGCUGCACAUCAAAGAUAUAAAUGAUCACUCCCCUACAUUCCUGGACAAGGAAAUACUUUUGAAAAUAUCAGAAGGUACCACUCUUGGAACGGCAUUCCCAAUGGAGAGUGCCCAAGAUUUGGACAUAGGAAGCAACAGUCUCCAAAACUAUACAAUUAGCCCCAAUUCUCAUUUCUACAUUAAAAUUCAAGACAGCGGUGAUGGAAAGAUAUACCCAGAACUGGUCCUAGACAGAAUGUUAGAUCACGAAAAGGAGCCUGAGCUCAGAUUAACACUUGUAGCACUGGAUGGUGGGUCCCCACCCAGGUCUGGGACAACAUUGGUCCUCAUCGAGGUCUUGGACAUCAAUGACAACUCCCCUGAGUUUCCACAGGGGCUCUAUGAGGUGCAGGUCCCAGAGGACACAGCCAUUGGCUCCUGGAUAAUCACCAUCUCUGCUAAGGACUUGGAUGCAGGACAUUAUGGGAAAAUAUCUUACAUAUUUUUCCAUGCAUCUGAAGAUAUUCGUAAGACAUUUGAAAUCAACCCAACAUCUGGUGAAGUUCGUUUGAUAUCUAGCUUGGACUUUGAAGUAAUACAGUCUUACACUGUAAAUAUUCAGGCAACAGAUGGUGGGGGGCUUUCGGAAAAAUGCACUCUUCUGAUUAAAGUAAUGGAUAUAAACGAUAACGCACCAGAAGUGACCAUGUCAUCAAUUACAAACAGAAUUCCAGAAAACGCGCCACAGACCUUUGUCGCUGUUUUUAGUAUUCGAGACCAAGACUCUGGGGACAAUGGAAGGAUGGUUUGCUCUAUUCAAGAUGAUCUCCCUUUUAUCCUGAAACCAACAUUUCAGAAUUUUUUCACUCUGGUUUCUGAAAAAGCAUUGGACAGAGAGAUGAGAGAGGAGUAUAACAUCACCAUCACGGUCACCGACUUGGGGACCCCCAGGCUGAAAACCCAGCACAACAUCACCCUGCUGGUGUCCGACGUCAACGACAACGCCCCCGCCUUCACCCAAACCGCCUACACCCUGUUCCUCCGCGAGAACAACAGCCCCGCCCUGCACAUCGGCAGCGUCAGCGCCACAGACAGGGACGCGGGCGCCAACGCCCAGCUCACCUACUCGCUGCUGCCGCCCCACGACCCGCGGCUGCCCCUGGCCUCGCUCGUGUCCAUCAACGCGGACAACGGCCACCUGUUCGCCCUGAGGGCGCUGGACUUCGAGGCGCUGCAGGCGUUCGAGUUCCGCGUGGGCGCCACGGACCGCGGGUCGCCCGCGCUGAGCAGCCAGGCGCUGGUGCGCGUGCAGGUGCUGGACGCCAACGACAACGCGCCCUUCGUGCUGUACCCGCUGCAGAACGGCUCUGCGCCCUGCACCGAGCUGGUGCCCAGGGCGGCCGAGCCGGGCUACCUGGUGAGCAAGGUGGUGGCGGUGGACGCAGACUCGGGCCAGAACGCCUGGCUGUCGUUCCAGCUGCUCAAGGCCACGGAGCCCGGGCUGUUCGGCGUGUGGGCGCACAAUGGCGAGGUGCGCACGGCGCGGCUGCUGAGCGAGCGCGACGCGGCCAAGCACAGGCUGCUGGUGCUGGUCAAGGACAAUGGCGAGCCCGCGCUGUCGGCCAGCGUCACGCUGCACGUGCUGCUGGUGGAUGGCUUCUCGCAGCCCUACCUGCCGCUGCCGGAAGUGGCGGCCGACCAGGCGCAGGCCGACCCGCUGACGGUCUACCUGGUCAUCGCGUUGGCGUCGGUGUCGUCGCUGUUCCUGUUCUCGGUGCUGGCGUUCAUCGCGGUGCGGCUGUGCAGGCGGAGCAGGGCCGCCUGGGUGGGUGGCUGUUCGGUGCCUGAGGGCCACCUUCCGGGCCACCUGGUGGACGUCAGCGGUACUGGGACCCUGUCCCAGAGCUACCAGUAUGAGGUGUGUCUGAUGGGAGGUACUGGGACAGAUGAGUUUAAAUUUCUGAAGCCAAUUGUUCCCAAUCUUCCAAUCCACGACACUGGUAGGAAUGUAGAGGAAAAUGAGAACUUUAGGAAUAGCUUUGGAUUCAACAUCCAAUAAAAUUUUUAUUUUAAACAUUUAGUCUUUCAUUAUUCUUGGCAAACUGGUAAUACUUUGCCAAUUUAUAGUGGAUAUCAUUUGUACAGUAGUUGCACGUAUUAAUCCUGAAGCUCUUGCAUUUUGCUUUACAAAUCUUUAUUAGUUUGUGUGUUUUCUGUUUGUUUGUUUUUUCAUUUAUUUUGUCAAAAAUGGCAUAUUGGGCUGGCGAGGUCGCUCAGUUGGUUAUAAAGUCAUCUUGAUACAUCAAGGUUGCGAGUUCAAUUCCUUUUUAGGACUCACACAAGUGUCAACCAAUGAAUGCAUAAAUAAGUGGAACAACAAAUAGACGUUUCUCUCUCAAAUCAAUUUUAAAAGUUGAAAAAUGGCAUGUUAAAGAAGUUAUUGCUCAUUUUUUGUGGUAAUAGUAUUGUUAUGCAAAACAAUGUCGUUGAUUAUUUGGAAUUGCAAUCUAAUAUGUUAAGAGUGAAUGCCACAAUAUAUGUAAUUUACUUCUAGACAUUUCGUUAAAGCGUAGCUAAAGCAAAUAUUUUAAAUGCUGCUGAAUCUGGGUGAAAAGAAAUCGGAUUUUAUCAUAUUAUUCUCGAAAAGUUUUCAUCAUAAACAUUAAAAAUGCUAACUUACUGUAUUCAGUACUAGAGUACCUUUUUGUUAGUUUAUAGUAAAGCAUUUUUUUUUGAGAUUUUACUUUUUGACAAAAUAAAAGUGACCACGUUGGAAAUUAUUGAUUUCUUAAGUAACUUUUCUUUAUUGUUGUUGAUGCUGAUGCUGAUUUGGGAGAAGAGUCUUACAAUGUUCUGAUACUUUAUAUCCCUGUUUUGUUUUCUGUAAAUAUACCCUGUUUGCUAGUUUAAAUUUGUAUUAUUUUAUAUUGUUUAUUACUCAACUAGAAUGUAGUCUAUGGUAUUAUCUUGAGUAAACAAUCCUCCAGCAGAAAAGUACAGGUGAAAAAAUUCCUUAAGAAAUUGAAAUGAAAAUUCACACUGUUAAUGAAAUAAAGAAGGAAGACAUUG